AUAGGAAGCACCAGCAUAAAGAAGACAAAGGUGUAAACUUUCCGUUCCGGAAUACACUUUGGAUAUAAAUUUGAUCAGAUUGCAUAUAAAUUAGUGGAUACAUUUAUUUGACUGUUUCAGGGUAUGGUACAAAUGGACUCAAGCUUAAGUUUCUGUUCAUAUAGUAAUGUUUUAAGUUACACCAUUCAUAUUUAUUUCACUGUACAUCUCAUCCUUUUAGCGCUUUUUAAAGUCACACCUCAAGGUCUGACCCCGAAUUCAUCAUUGUAACUCAUCCGUUAAGUUAUUUGGUGAGAGAUGAAUACACAGUGAAUAGACUUUUACCUCAAACAACAUCACACAUCGGGGUCAGGUGUAUGCUGGAAAAAACCAAGACGACAGAAACUACAAAGAAAUCAUUGCAUAACACACCUGGAGCACCACAACCGAUGUAUUAAUCUACCGUUGACUGAAAGAGGAUUACCUGAUAACCCUGAGUGCUGUCAACUGUGUCUGAAAAAGAAUGUUGAGAACAAGUUCAACUGGAGCUCUGCUGUGUCGUCUAGCUGGUAUUGUGGUGGUUGUUGGUUUUGUGUCUUUAUACCCCAUGUGUUUCUAUACUUCUAGAAUUUAUACCCCAUUGCCUGCACCUAAACAAUGUUUAGAAAGACUCAAUCCGGAGGCACAACUCUCUUCUCCGAAGGAAGAGAAACCAAUACUGUUGUUAUGGGUCUGGCCUGAAAACUACACGUUUAAUCUGAGUGAUUGUAAAACUAUUUACAAUAUUGACAGCUGUCAGCUGACCGACGACAGAUCUCUCUACAACAAUACAGACGCUGUUCUUGUUUUUCAUAAGGCUGUUUGUCAGAACCUGACCAACCUUCCUCCUUCUACUCGGCCCCCGUUUCAAAAGUGGAUAUGGAUGAAUGUAGAAUCACCAACUAACACAAAGAAAGUGCCAGGGAUUGAAAACCUGUUUAAUUUGACUCUCACUUAUAGAGAGGACUCUGACAUUCCUGUGCGUUUACGACUAAACAGCAAAAAGAUCCCAGAUGACCAUUUUAAAAUCCCCAAGAAGGACAAAUUGGUCUGUUGGAUAGUAAGUAACAAAAAUUUUACAACCGGUGUCCGGGAAAGAAUCACUUACUAUAAAACACUUAGAAGGUACAUCAAGAUACACGUUUAUGGAAAAGUACGUGGAUCGUUCAUGGAUUAUAAGGAUUACUAUCCCACCAUAGCUAGCUGCAAAUUUUAUCUCUCUUUUGAGAACUCCAUUCACAAGGACUACAUCACUGAGAAGUUAAAUGGACCUCUGUCAGUAGGAACAGUACCUGUGGUGCUGGGACCUCCAAGAAAAAACUAUGAAAAGUUUGUUCCAAGUGACUCCUUUAUUCAUGUGAACGACUUCCCAGAUGCAAAGUCACUAGCAAAAUAUCUCUUGUAUCUGGACAUGAAUAAUGAUGCAUAUCGCAAGUAUUUUAACUGGAGGAGAUAUUUCUCAGCACAACCUCAUUUAAUAUUACAAAACCAAGAGUUUAUUUUGCCUAUUUGCACGGCCUGUGAUUAUGUAGGAAAACACAGGGAAUAUAAAGAAGCUCAUGAUAUUUACGAGUGGUUUUUCAGUUAACGUCACAUCAGAUUAGAUGCUAUCUGUAGUUUUGGCAUCUCUAUCGCCAUCUCUGUUUGAAUAAAAAAAUGAAUCCAUAUACCAUUCAUAUGAAGACUUUGUACAUAUAUUCUACUGUACUGACAUUUACUUGGCCCAUUGUGUUGUAAGUUUUCUGCAGAACAAAUACCUUUCUCUUUUAUAGAUUCCUCCUUUUUCUGAUCUGUAAAAUGUUUAUAGUAAAUUGUGGAGAGUUGUUACACUAAAAACAUUUCAGUGCAUGUCGUACUGUAUGGAUGUGUAUGUGACCAAUAAAACUUGAAACGUACUGCAA